GAAAUAUCGACUUCUCCUUUCCCACCCUUGGUUUCCCAACAGCGUUCUUCACGCUUCUGCUCACUGUCACUCUGUCCAAUCUUUAAUCGAGAGGGUACGGAGGCCAAUGCUGCCGCCGUUGCCGGAGACAAGCUCAUAUUGUUAUUGCUCUGAAAAACACCAUAAAAACCGAGUUGCAAAGGUUUAAAUUCGAACACGAACGACGGAGCAAAGGGGGGAAAAUAAGGAGGCCCAAGUAGAAAAGCGAACUUGAUGUCGAUGAUCGCUCCGUUGCGAUACUUGAUGUCGCCAAAGAGACGAAAUAUGGCGGGUUCUCUGUUACUUGGUACGCUUCUCUAUCGCUCUCUCUUCUGUCAUGCUUGUAAACACUUAAUGUCUCGAUCUUCAAUCUUUUCGACUACUGACAAAAUCCUUGUUGCUUUAAAUCACUCUACAUCUGCACCUCAUACACCCCACUGGAAUAGUCUUUCAGAAUUCUCCUUCAACGCAAGUUUCACGAAAUCAUCGGCACUUUGGUCGACAUCGUUGUCUUCUUCGUCUUCUCUUUCAAUUGUACCGGAUUCUUCGUCGAAACCCAUUUCAAAUCCCCUCUACAAUUUCCUUGCCCCUACCCAGAACCCCAAUAAUAUAGUCAGCCUCAUUUGUUCAAGCCUUAAACAGAAAAGUUUUCACCUUAAUCUUCUUCAGAAUGAUAUCAAAGAUAUUCUUCCACAUAUGGGUCCCCGUGAAAUUUCAAAGAUUUUGCUGAGGUGCCAGUCUGACUGCUCUUCGGCUCUAACUUUUUUCAAUUGGGUUAAAAAUGACUUGGGCAUCAGACCCACUGUUCAAAACUAUUGUAUAAUUGUUCACAUACUUACUUGGUCACGAAUGCGCCCACAGGCCAUGAAAUUGUUGUCAGAAUUAAUACAUUUAGUUGAGCAAGUUUCUCCAAAUGAGGAUGUAUUUCAAAAUCUUGUUGCGUGUACUGAGGAUUGUAAUUGGAGUCCUCUUAUCUUUGAUAUGCUCACCAAGGCUUAUCUUAAGGUGGGUAUGGUUGAGAAGGGAUUAGGAACUUUCAGAAAAACCAUAGAGGCUGGUUUUAUCCCUAGUGUUAUAGUCUGCAAUUUUCUGUUAAAUGGGUUAUCCAAAUUUAAUUAUAUUGGUCACUGUUGGGAAGUAUAUGAAGAGAUGGGAAGACUUGGGAUACACAGGAAUGGUCACACCUUCAACAUUUUGACCCAUGUUCUGUGCAAAAUUGGAGAUACAAAUAAGGUGAAUGGAUUCCUGGAGAAGAUGGAAGAAGAAGGAUUUGAACCUGACUUAGUUACGUAUAACACACUGGUUAAUAGCUAUUGCAGGCAAGGAAGGUUGGGAGAUGCAUUCCAUCUGUAUAAGAUCAUGUACAGGAGGGGUGUGAUGCCUGAUUUGAUUACGUACACAGCCUUGAUGAAUGGCCUCUGUCGAGAGGGGAAGAUCAGGGAAGCUCAUCAACUUUUCCAUAGGAUGGUUAACAGAGGGCUAGAUCCUGACAUUGUGUCAUAUAAUACUCUCAUAUUUGGUUACUGUAAAGAAGGUAAGAUGCAUGUAUCUAGAUCGCUGUUGUAUGAUAUGAUUGGAAAUGGGGUUUGCCCAGACAGUUUCACUUGUAGGCAUAUCGUUGAAGCAUAUGGAAGAGAUGGAAAACUGCUUGCAGCAUUGAAUCUGAUUGUGGAGCUUCAGAGGUUUAGAAUUAAGAUUCCUAAUGAUGUAUUUGAUUAUCUUAUUAUCGCAUUGUGUCAGGAAGGUCGACCUUUUGCUGCCAGAAAUCUUUUAGAAAGAAUCUCUCAUGAUGGUUAUGUGCUAGAAAAAACCACAUACAAUCAAAUUAUUGAAUCCCUAUGUGUAGUUGAUAAUGUGGACGAUGCGGUAGUAUUAAAAUCUGAGAUGAUAAAGAAGAGUAUGAAGCCAAAUCUCACAGCAUAUGGAGCUAUUAUAAGCUGUUUGUGCAGAAACAACAGGAAUUGGGAAGCUGAAAGGUUAUUGGAAGAAAUGGUUAAAAUGGGUUUUCUACCUGAUAAAGAAAUAUGCAGGGCGCUAAUCAAAAGUUGUUGCAAGGAGAGGAAUGUUGAUAAAGCAGAGUCAUUAUUGAAAUUAUUUGCCAAGGAGUUUCAAGUUUACGAUAAUGAAAGCUACAAUGCAAUUGUUGAAGUCUCUUCUGAGAUUGGUCAAUUUACCGAGUUGAUGGAGCUUCAGGAUAGGCUGCAAAAUGUGGGAUAUGCUCCAAAUAGUUUAACAAUUAAGCAUGUAAUCCAUGGACUGCAGAAAAUAGUGAAACAAGAAUAGAGAAGCCGGGCCAUCGCAUGCUUCAAGUGUAGCAUAACUUUUGGCAUAGGUUCCGUAUACAGCCUCUAGGCCACCUGAUGACCUGAUGCAUGGCAUUCUUGACUCUUAAGUAAAAUUAUCAAUGAUACAUGAGAUCAUGGGGAGAGGCAAACCAGAAACACCUGAUUUGGUCACACUCAGGAUCGUUAAACAAUGAAUUGGGUCUAUAAAUUGAGGAUUGGGUAGACAUGAUAGCUUGCAGUAAAACACUGCGGACUCACUGGGAUCAAUUGCAAUAUAUUGACCAAAUUUUCACACGUUCCAACUUUUCUGACAGAGAAGUCAGAGCAACGCCUUGGAACGAAAUAU